GUACCGGCCCUGAGGGGUGGAGUUGAGUAGGUGGUGGCGGCAGCCGUUGCCAGGAUCCCGCGUUGCCGCCUGAGGGACCCGUAAUAUGGCGGGGAGAAGGAGAAGGCGGCGGCGGCGGACUCAGAUGCGCUCCGUCUGAACAGACGAAGCCUUUACUUCUUGAGGAGGCCGGUCCACGGGCAGAGAAGCUGACCAGGCAGUGGGUACCAGUGAGCAAGACUGAGGGGAUACCUGUUCUUAUGGAGCUUCCAUUUCGGUGGAAGAAGACACAGAAAACUCACGGAAGUAAAUGAGGUCAUUUCAGAUAGUGUGCAGAGGUGAGAAGAUGGAGGAGUAUGAGGCAUUCUGUGAGAAAGCACUUGCCCGCGUCCAGGAGGCAUCGCUGUCCACAGACAGCUUCCUGCCCGCCCAGGGAGACAGCAUCUCCCUCAUCCGCUUCCACGGGGUGGCUGUGCUUUCUCCACUGCUUACCAUUGAGAAGAGAAAGGAAAUUCAACAGGAAAAGCAGAAAGCGCUUGAUGUACAAACAAGAAAGCAGGCCAGUAGGAAAAAAGCCUUACUGACUCGUGUCCAGGAGAUUCUUGACAAUGUUCAGGUUAGAAAAGCACCAAAUGCCAGUGAUUUUGACCAAUGGGCGACAGAAAACAUUUACUCUAAUCCAGAAGUCAGAGACUUGAAUGUUCCCGCGACAGGUCCAAACAGCUUGCCAAGCGCUGCUGAGCACUGUGCUUCAGUAGAGCUUGAAGAGAUGACUGGACUUUUGCCUGUGGAUGAUGAGGACCCACAUGACCCUAACAGGAGGGGCCGGCCUAGAGACUCAGAAGGCUCUGCUUCUCUGAAGUGGUGUGAGAGUCCAGACAGCAGGCAGGCAGAAAACGGAGCUGCUCCAAGGCUCUCGGCAGCAAGCUCACAGGAGAAGCUGGUUUCUGAUGGUCCCCUCUUAGCAAAGGAAGGACAGGGCCCAUCAGGCUUGGCUGACAUCACUCCAGAUCCCUACAUAAUGAGCCUUCAGAAUCUAAUGAAAAAGUCAAAGGAAUAUGUGGAAAGAGAGCAAUCUAGCAGGAGUCUGAGAAGUAGUGCUAAGAGAAGUGUUAAUGAAAGUCAUUCAGACAAAGAAAAUGACGCUGCUAAAGCUAGUGACUGUGCAAAGGAGAAGGCCCCGCCCAUGCCCCUAAGCAGGCAUUGUGACUCCAUCAUCCCUGACAAACCAAGCCUUAAUAAGUCAAACGUCCUCCUCCAAGGUGCUUCUCAAGCAAGCAGCAUGGGCACACCAGAUUCAGCUAGCUUUUCUAAAGUAGACCCACCUGUCGGAACUGGACUGCCCACUGUUCCAGAUGCUGAGUCAGAAUUUAAAGUUGUUACUGAAAACAAAGUUUUGAAAAGUCUUACAGGUCCGUAUGCCAAAUUACCUAGUCCAGAGCCAAGUACGAGUCCUACAGUGCAUCGAAGGCGGUCCAGGCCAUCAUCAGCAUGUCAGAUCCUUAUAAACAACCCAGUAAAUGCCUGUGAGCUAAGCCCAAAGGGAAAGGAAGAGACAGUGGGUAGAACACCAGCUGCUGCUGAAACAACAAAUGAAUCUGAAAUUGUGCCAAAGUCAUCGACUGAUUUAACAGGAGUUUCAUCAAGCAAGGUUUCUGCUACCAAAAUUGUAUCUGACACCACAAGGGAUAUGGUUGUGGGUAAGCCAAGUGAGGUGUAUCAGGCUUUAGAGACUCAAUUAGACAAUAAAGUCACUGUUGAGCAAUCUGCUAUGGAAGGGCCCUUCAUGCCUGAUGAGAUGGGAGUCCAGAAAGUGGACAGUACUUGUAUGGCUGUGCCCAGUUUGCAUGAACUACAUGCCACCAGUCAGUGUGUAACAAGUCAAACCUUGGAAGAUAUGUGUGGACUCAAGUCAGCCAGUUUGUUAGCAAAAAACUCCUGCAAUUUACAAAUGGAACUGAAUAAAUCUUAUGAUGUGAAGAACCCAUCUCCCUUACUUAUGCAGACCCAGAAUUCCAGACAGCAGAUGGACACCCCUCCAGUCCCCUGUGGAAACGAACAGUUUUUGGAUAACAGUUUUGAAAAAGUUAAGCGGAGACUUGAUUUAGAUAUUGACAGUUUGCAAAAAGAGAAUUGUCCUUACAUUAUAACAGCUGGAGUGGCUGAGCAGGAGAGGGAACAUCUGCCAGAAAGAAGAUACCCUAAGGGAUCCAUCUACAUUAACAAGAAUAAGAUGCUAGGAACUAGCCCCAAAGAAGGCCAGGAAAUACUGAAAAGCAAGAUGUUAGCUUUUGAAGAAAUUCGGAAGAGACUAGAGGAGCAGCAUGCCCAGCAGUUAUCACUCCUCAUAGCUGAGCAGGAGAGGGAGCAGGAACGGCUGCAGAAGGAGAUAGAAGAGCAGGAGAAGAUGCUGAAAGAGAAGGCGGGGACGGCGCUGGGUGUCCAUGACUUGAACAGUGCGCUGGAGCUGGAGUGGAGAAAAAGAAGUGAUUCUGCUCUGCUAGAAACGAUGCUGUCCCAAGUGGACUCGCUCCAGACUUCCAACAACUCUGGUUUCACAAAUUCUGCCCUGCAAUACAGCUUUGGCUCUGCAAGUGAAGCACCGUUCUACCUCUGGGGAUCACUGACUGGUGGCGUGACCAAACUCUCAGUAACAAGGCCUUUUGGAAGGGCCCAAGCGAAAUGGUCUCAGGUUUUUAGUCCAGAAAUACAAGCAAAAUUUAACAAAAUAACUGCUGUGGCAAAAGGAUUUCUUACUCGUAAGCUUAUGCAAACAGACAAACUGAAGCAGCUUCGACAAACCGUAAAGGACACGAUGGAAUUCAUGCGCAGCUUUCAGUCAGAAGCCCCACUGAAGAGAGGUGUUGUCUCAGCCCAAGACGCUUCCCUUCAGGAACGAGUCUUAGCUCAGUUGCGAGCUGCCCUCUAUGGUAUUCAUGACAUCUUCUUCGUCAUGGAUGCAGCUGAGAGAAUGUCAAUCCUCCAUCAUGAUCGAGAAGCCCGAAAGGAGAAACUGCUGCGGCAAAUGGAUAAAAUGAAAAGUCCACGAGUGACACUUUCAGUAGCAACACAGAAGUCUCUUGACAGGAAGAAGUUCAUGAAAGUUGCUGAAAUGGGAAUGCCAAACAAGAAGUUUCUGCUUAAGCAAAACCCUUCAGAAACAAGAGUCCUUCAGCCAAACCAAGGACAGAAUGCACCUGUUCACAGGCUGCUUAGUAGACAAGGAACCCCUAAGACCUCAGUGAAGGGGGUGGUGCAAAGUAGACAGAAGCCUUCACAGAGCAGAGUGCCUAGCCGAGCGCCUGUGUCAGGAGCAUAUGCAGGAAAAAUCCAAAGAAAGCGGCCAAAUGUUGCGACAAUUUAAGAAGACAGCAUUCCCUGGGAUGAAUCAGGAAAGAGGGUGUACUGUUACCCAUGGUCCAUUCCCUGGCCAGGGCUUUUGACGUAGCCCUGGACUUGGUGUAUGCAAGUGAAGGGACAGCAAGGCCUGAGCACUUGUAUGUUUAGUCUGGUCAGUUUGGAGAUGUCCUGCCUCAUUUUCCUACUGAUGCUAGCUUGGGUGAAAGUGAUUAGCAUUUAGUAAUUGCCUUGCUUCUGCACUUAUCCUAUAUAACAAACUGUGUGCCCAGAGGCCUACAGUUACCCUUUUUAUAAACAUAAGAAAACAUUUGAACUUAUUUUUACGAAGUAUUGAACUGAUACCCCAAUUGUAAAUUAACCCUAACACCUAAAUUUCAUUCGUGACUAUAUAAUGAUUGCUGAAUUUGGUAAACAACUAGAAACUGUUCUAUUCAAAGGGAAAUUAUUGCAGAAAUAUAUGUUUUGUAAUUUUAGACAUCCA